AAGAGGGAGCUUGUUUCAGUUUGCAGUGAUCGCUCAUCCAGGAGCCUGUUCCACUCAGGGAUAUUUGGAUUUUUUCAGUCUGGAUGCUGUAGCUCGGGGUUGGGCUCUCUUCUGACUUCCUUGUCUGUCUAGCAGCGGCUGUGUGUGAGGACGCUGCAUGUCUGGCAUGCAGACAUGGGCCCCUCGUUACUCUCUAGGAUUACCGUCUGCCUGCUCAUCACCUUGGCUCAGGUGAUCGCCGUGACCUGCCAAGAAGAUGCCAAGAAAGACAGCUGUACAGAAAACGGAAAGGUCUACUCCAACUAUCAGAUAUGGAGCCCAGAGUCAUGUCGAGUCUGUGUGUGUGACAUGGGGACAGUAGUGUGUGAGGACGAGGUGUGUGAGGAGCUCAGUGACUGCCAGACGGCUGUGACUCCAGAGGGCGAGUGUUGCCCUGUGUGCUCGACUGCAGCACCAACUCACAGUACAGACACUAAAGCAGAUACCUGCACAGAAAAUGGAAAGACCUACUCCCACAAUCAGAUAUGGAGCCCAGAGCCGUGUCGGAUCUGUGUGUGCGACACGGGGACUGUGGUGUGUGAGGAAGUGGUGUGUGAAGAGCUCGGGCACUGCCAAACAACCGAGGCCCCAGAGGGCGAGUGUUGCCCUGUGUGCUCGACUGCAGCACCACACCCUCCUAGCAUGGACAAUAAAACUGAUUCCUGUACAGAGGAUGGAAAAGUCUACUCCAACAAUCAGAUAUGGAACCCAGAGCCAUGUCGAGUAUGUAUAUGUGAAAUGGGGACGGUGUUUUGUGAGGACUUGGUGUGUGAGGAUGUAGGUGACUGCGAGACCACAGAGAUCCCAGAGGGCGAGUGCUGCCCCGUGUGCUUGGCUGCAGAACAGCGGCCUGACACUGAAACUGAUACCUGCACAGUAGAUGGAAAAGUCUACGGCAACAAUGACAUGUGGAACCCAGAGCCGUGUCGGAUCUGUGUGUGCGAUAUGGGGACCGCAGUGUGUGAAGACGUGGUGUGCGAGGACCUCGGCGACUGUGUGAAAACUGUGACCCCAGAGGGCGAGUGUUGCCCAGUGUGCUUGACUGCAUCUGCAACAUCAACUCCCAACACAGACCCCACAACAGCUGCAGACGAGAAGAAAGCGGAAAACUGCAAGGUCGAUGGGGAGGUCUACCAUCACAACGACAUCUGGAAACCACAGCCCUGUCACGUGUGCGUCUGUGACAACGGCGUCGCCAUCUGCGACGAGGUCCAGUGCGAGCUGCUGUCAAACUGCGAGAAAGUGGUCACACCUGAGGGAGAGUGCUGCCCCGUGUGUGACACUUUUGCCAGUGCCAGCAGGAUGAUAGAAAUUCUGGGCUUCAAGGGACAGAAAGGUGAACCAGGUGAUAUCCCAUAUGUGGUGGGGCACCCUGGACCUGCAGGACCCUCGGGUCCUCCUGGAGCUCAGGGAUCCACUGGACCAAGAGGCUUUAAAGGCAGACGGGGAUUUCCGGGGCCUCCAGGAUUUGACGGAGAGCCCGGUGUGCCAGGGAAUCCGGGAGAGGCAGGACCCCCAGGCCAUCCCACCCACCCUGGGGGCAACCUAGUGUCACAGAUCGCUUCAGGUUUCGGUGAGAAAUCCAGUCUGGCCGGGAUGGUGUCAGGAUCAAGGGGUGAACCGGGACCACGAGGACCUCCUGGGUCGCAGGGACAACCAGGUCCAGCUGGUGGUCAGGGAAUUCCAGGAGAGGCUGGAGAUCCAGGACCAAUGGGUGAGCCAGGUCAUCGAGGACCAGAUGGACCGCCAGGAAAAUCUGGAGCUGAUGGAGAACCCGGACCUGCAGGUGCUACAGGAGAACCAGGAUUUCCAGGAUCUAUGGGUGCAAGAGGAUUCCCAGGACUUCCAGGUCAUCCAGGACUGAAAGGUCACAAGGGUAAUGCCGGUCUUCUUGGGCCAAGAGGCGAGUUCGGAGCGGCUGGAUCCAAGGGUACAUCUGGUACUCCAGGUCCAAUGGGUGCUCCAGGUCCACUGGGACCAGCGGGCAUGCAGGGAGAAAGAGGACGAGCCGGACCGCCUGGUCCUGUGGGAAAACGUGGUGCAGCCGGCCAUGUUGGAAAACCAGGGCCUCUGGGUCCAAUGGGAAUCACCGGAGUGCCAGGUUUUCCCGGUAGCCCAGGAAUGAAGGGUGAAGCAGGGCCGACAGGGGUCAGAGGAAGUCAAGGACAGCAGGGAUCCAGAGGCGAUUCCGGUCGCGUAGGACCACCUGGACCGACAGGACAGCAGGGUGCUGAGGGGACUGAUGGAGCUCCAGGCGCCCGUGGCCAAAGCGGUAUCGCAGGUGUCGUAGGUCCAGCAGGGUUGUUGGGCCCGCCCGGUCCCCCUGGUCCCCAGGGAACUACAGGAGCACCAGGACCAAAGGGCCAAUUGGGCGAUGUCGGAGUGCCUGGAUUCAAAGGAGAAGCUGGAUUCAAGGGAGAAAGAGGCGACCAUGGAAUUCCGGGUCCGAUUGGCCCGAUGGGAGAGGACGGGAAGCGUGGACCUCGUGGUGAUGCUGGAUCCAUCGGGGCUCAAGGACCUCCAGGAGAGACAGGAGCUCCAGGAAAUAGAGGUUUCCCAGGUGCAGACGGUUUACCGGGCCAGAAGGGAGCCCAGGGUGAAAGAGGAGUGCCGGGGUCGUUUGGCGCCAAAGGUUUACCUGGAGAUCCAGGACGUAAUGGAGAGCCAGGUUUAACCGGAGCUCGGGGUCUGACCGGACUUAUUGGUGCCCAGGGAGCAGAAGGAAAGCAAGGACCAGUGGGCUUAGCAGGAGAGGAUGGCAAACCAGGCCCAGCUGGUUCUACUGGAAACCGAGGUUUAGCUGGAGCGAUGGGCCUGCCGGGACCAAAAGGCUUCGCUGGUGAUGCUGGGAAGAUUGGAGAGGCUGGCACCCCUGGUCCUUCAGGUCAAAGGGGGUCAAAUGGAAAGGAUGGAGAGGAAGGCGCUGCCGGUCCAACUGGUCCAGCUGGUCCUGCAGGAAAGAGAGGUGAGCAGGGGCCACAGGGACUGCAUGGUUUCCAGGGUUUGCCCGGACUGCCAGGCCCACCUGGAGAGUCAGGAAAACCAGGUGACGAGGGUGUUGCUGGAGAGGCUGGGGCUGCUGGAAGCAUAGGUCCAAGGGGAGAAAGAGGUCCUCCAGGAGAGAGAGGUGAAAUUGGACCCAAUGGGCUGCAGGGACCCAAAGGUAGUCCAGGUGGACCAGGAUCAGAUGGGCCAAAGGGUAGCGCUGGUCCAGCGGGUGGUGUUGGAGAGCCAGGAGGUCCAGGACUUCAGGGAAUGCCAGGAGAGAGAGGCAUAUCAGGACCUUCAGGCCCAAAGGGAGAUGCAGGCUCUGUUGGAGAGAAAGGACCCGAGGGUAAAGCCGGAGCCGACGGUGCACGGGGGCUUUCUGGUGCUGUAGGACCUGUUGGUUCCGGUGGACCCAACGGAGAGAAGGGUGAAACCGGCCCACAAGGACCUACAGGACGCCGAGGCACAAGAGGAACUCCCGGUUCUACUGGUGAGACUGGUCCAACUGGUGCUGUUGGCUUCCCUGGACCUUCUGGUCCUGAUGGUCAGCCCGGGGUCAAAGGUGAAACAGGUGAGCCAGGCCAGCGGGGAGAAGGAGGAGCACCUGGACCACAGGGCAUGGCUGGAAAACCAGGAGGACAGGGACCUGUUGGUGUGACUGGACUGAAAGGUGGCAGAGGAACACAGGGUCAAACGGGCGCUCCUGGUUUUCCUGGGUUGCCGGGAGGAGUUGGACCAGCCGGUGCUCUGGGUGCUGUAGGGGCAGACGGGCCUAUAGGUGCUCCAGGAAAGCAGGGCCCUACUGGGAUUCUAGGAGAGAACGGAGCUCCAGGACGUCAAGGAGAGAGGGGACCUUCAGGCCCACCCGGCAGCCCUGGAGAGAAGGGAGACUCUGGAGAAGACGGUCCUGCGGGGCCCGAUGGACCUCCAGGACCUGCUGGCACUGCAGGACAGCGAGGAAUUGUGGGUCAGCCUGGACUCAGAGGAGAGAGAGGCAUGCUGGGACUGCCAGGUCCUGCUGGUCCACCAGGAAAACCCGGAGGUCCUGGAACUCAGGGCAGCAAAGGGCCUGCUGGUGGAGUUGGUUUACCAGGAGCCAACGGGCCAAGAGGGGAUGCCGGACCUGAGGGUAUCGCUGGAGCAGAGGGUUCUCCUGGCAAGGAUGGUCUCAUAGGAGAAAGGGGAGACAGGGGAAAUCCCGGUACAGAGGGUUUGGCGGGUGUUAUGGGGUCUCCAGGUACUGAGGGUCCUGUGGGACUGACGGGCGGUCCAGGACAAAGAGGCGAUAACGGUGCCAGAGGCCCCGCUGGACCCCCAGGAGCAGCUGGUGUACGGGGGAAAGCAGGCCCUCAAGGACCACAGGGAGAGAAAGGAGCAGUUGGAGAACAAGGAGAGAGGGGUCAGAAAGGACACAGAGGUUUCACCGGGCUCCACGGUUUGCCAGGAACAACUGGCGCCACAGGAGAGCCAGGCGCUAUAGGUAUAGUUGGACCAGCUGGGCAGAGGGGUCCUCCAGGAGUCUCGGGUCCACCUGGAAAGGAAGGAAACAUCGGUCAGCCUGGACCAAUGGGAGCUCCUGGAAGCAGAGGGUCCAGUGGGGACCUCGGGGAACAGGGUCCACAAGGAGAACCCGGCCCACCCGGUCCUCCAGGCCCCCCAGGACCUCCCACCGCGGCUGUGGAUGACCUCUUCGUUGCCUCUUACGAUUAUGACGGGAACGGCGGCAUGCCAGAGGCUGUGGAAUUCUUCGAGGAUGAAAUGGCAGCUGAUCCUCCUCCGCCUCCAGAGAUCAACAAGGAUGAAGCCCUUCCCAAUAAGAACGAGGCAGUCCUGCGCGCAGACACCGGAGUCCACGCCACGCUGAAGACCCUCAGUGGACAUCUGCAGAACCUCCGCAGUCCCGAUGGCAGCAAGAUGAACCCAGCGAAAACCUGCCAGGACAUCAUGCAGUGCUACCCUCAGAAAAAGAGCGGUGAGUACUGGAUUGAUCCAAAUCAAGGCAGCACAAAGGAUGCCAUCAAGGUUUUCUGUAAUAUGGAAAGUGGUGAAACCUGCAUCUCUGCCAAUCCGGCCAACAUUCCCAACAAAGCCUGGUGGACAAAAUCCACUCCCAGUCCCAACAAACCUGUCUGGUUUGGAGCAGACAUCAGUGGAACUAGAUUCCGUUAUGGUAAUGAUGAGGAGCAGCCGAACGCCGUGGCGGUUCAGCUGAAGCUGCUGCAGCUUUUGUCCAAGGAGUCGCACCAGAGCAUCACCUACCACUGCAGGAACAGCGUGGCUUACAAAGACGAGAAGAGCAGCAGCCUGAAGAAAGCUCUGGUCCUCAGAGGCUUCAACGGCCAGGAGCUGAGAGCGCAGGGAACCAACCGCCUCCGAUACACCAUCAUCGAGGACGGCUGCUCGACAUCAAACGGAGAGUGGGGCAAGACAGUGAUUGAGUACAGGACUCAAACCGCGGCCAGGCUGCCCGUGGUGGACUUGGCCCCCAUGGACAUUGGAAAGGCUGAUCAGGAGUUUGGCUUAGACAUCGGCCCUGUGUGCUUCUCAUAAAACACAACGCAAAGAUGGACAGAAAUAGCCUUUUUUAGAGGAGUAACAUCAUCACCAGAAGUUAUAGUAUAAGGACUCCUCUUUGUGUGAGCGUACGAGUCGAUGAAGAUUAGAUGUUUUAUUGCUGCCAUUCUUCACACGUGGCUGCAUUUCCCAUAAGCUGUUGAAGUACAGUGUACUUGCUGUGUCCGCUGACUGGUAGGGCGCUGACAUAAUUUAUUCAAUCAAUACAUUUACAAUCUAGAGCACAGUACUCUACGGGGAAAUGCAUGUGGGUGGAAAAAAAAAAAAAAGUCUAAGGUGCUAACAUGAAACCUAAUAAAAAACAUAGUGAGGUUUAAGAUGGAUUGUAAACUUGCAUAAACUGGAAAAAAACAGCCAAUAAUAUUAAAGCUUUAAGAGAUGUGGUGUCUUUAUUGGAAGGUUAGAGCUUAAGAACUGAAGGUUUAUAGUGAAUUUCAUUUGGCUUUUUUCCAGUAAAUGCACGUCCAGAGGCCUGGAUAGGGCGAGAGUUGAUAUAGCAAUGACUGUAGUUCUUACUUUUAAUGGAAUAAAAGAUAAAAAUCAUGCUUGAACCUAAAUUAUUAAGUUCUGUGCAGGAACUCAUUUACUCUUUCAACAGAAAACCUUUGUAUCUCCUUUUAAAACUUCUGUAAAUGCAACAUAUGACUGUAAAUUACAAAUUAUUUGUUUGUUGUUGACUAUGGAUGUGGAAUAAAUGUAUUUCUUUGGAAUGACUGUGCUCUUCCCCCCCAAAAAAAAAGAAAAGCCAAAGCAAAGAAAAGUUGAAUAAACACUCAGUUCUUCCUCAUGAA